UCGGAACGCUGUCUUUGGCUGGUCCGCGCAGCGACGCAGAUCUGAUGGUAACCGCUAUGAAGAUCAAUCUUCGUAAAGAAGCGGUUGCCAGCUAGGCGAUCGAACAACUCAUCGGAAUGAGGCAUGGGGUAGCUGUUCUUAACCGUGUAGCGGUUGAGACCGCGAUAGUCGAUGCAGAGACGGAGAGUUCCAUCCGCUUUGCGAGCAAAGAGGACGGGUGCACCCCACAGGGAGUUGCUGGGUUUAAUGAAACCCAGUCUCAGGAGCUCCUCAAGUUGACGCUUGAGUUCGGUGGCCUCGAGGAUCGAGAGUCUGUAGGGCGCCUGGUGGUGAACACGAUAGUCAGGUACAAGCUGGAUGGAGUGCUCGACGUCGCGCAUCGGUGGAAUGCCGGCAUACGAGAACGACGAUGGGAAAACAUCGUGGUACUCUCCAAUGAGGUCACGGACUGCGGGGUCCAGGUGGUGGUGGACGGCCUCGCCGAGGUCGAGGUCGUCGCUAUGGUCACCCUCUGGCGACAGCGGGGCACCAGCGUCCUGCUCACCAUACUCGAGCGCGCUGAAGCGGCGCGAGAAGUGGCGGCCCUGCUGCGCGGAACGGUGGGGGCGACCGCGGAAAGGGGAACGGCGCUGGGAAGUGUCGUGAGAGGAGAAGAAGGCGUAACCGGUACGCUGGGGCUGGGAGGAGGAUGCGGGGUGAAGACGGACCCGCAUCCGCUGAUGGUCCCUGGUGGCCUCGUAAGCCUUCGGGGCCGAUGUGAACUCGUACCGCCAGAGCUCGGAGCGGUACUCGAGCGGAAGGCUGGCCAAGAAACGAUCGAUAAGGGCAGCCUCGGGGAGGAACGCCACGUCACAAAUGAGGCGGGCGUCCUGAAAGACCUGGAUGUGGCGAUCCAGAUCGGCAGCGCCACCAGAGCCGGACCAGCGUGUAGUGACGACACACUCGAAGGCGUCAGUCACGUCAUAUCUGGCUCCGAAGCGAUCCUCGAGGAACGCCUGGAAAUCCAUGAAGGUCAGAGUCCGACCCUCACGAAGGGAGUAAGCGUAGAAAUCCUCCCAGGCGUCGAAAGGACCGCCACGCAGGCGCGUGGAGAGGUGACCCACCCACGUGUCGGGUGUGGCGCCCAUGAGCUGGAGCGUGCGGGUGGCAGACUGCAGCCACCGAGACACGCGUAUGCCUGUACCGUCAUACAGAGCAAUGUCUGACAAGCGGAUGAGUGGUGCGCGACCGUUCUGGCGGCGAGGGGAUCGGGGAGAAAAGGCCUGUGCCACGACUGAGU